GUAAGAUUGCAAACGAAUUGUCACUCAUUCCCAAUGCUCUUAGAAUUUUGAGUCUCGUCUAUUCGUUCUUCAAGUUGUCCAAGCACCCACCCACUCCCCCCACUUCCGCGCGGAUCGUCAAUCUUCGAUAGGGUCCGGACUAGUCGACUUUUGAAACCCUCCCUAGUCCCACUCACAUCCCAAUUGCCGUCCUCGCUGAUCAGCCCUGACCUACCUCCACCCGAUCUUCUCCCGCUCUGCCUUCUUCUGUCUAGGCCUUCGAUGACGUCUCUUUCCUAUCUCUCAAAUCUCAAGUCCGACGAGCGUGAUAAUACGCCGAAAUCCGAGAAGGCAACGAUCCUGCGUUGCAAAUCUAGCACUACAAAGGACAUCUCAAUUCGCACUCGGCUUUCCGAUAAGCAACACCUCCCCGAGGUACUAUAUCAUACAGUCUGAAGGAGUGACUCUUGGAGUUAUCUCACCAAAGUGUCUCAUCUGAAUCCUGCCCGGACCGUCUCAAAGAACAACAUCAAGCAUCAUUCAGUAAAGCAAGAGAGACGACAACAGCGCUCAUUCUUCCACUGACAGACAUGUGGGGGGAUGGUCCACUUUCCACCCAGCGGCAAGAGUCUUACAUUCGUACCCCAUUCGCUCCUGACAGUCCUCAACAAAGUGUGUCGAGCCGCUGCGUCUCGCCUAAUUGUCCAUCUGGAGGAGACGGACGAUCAGUUGGGCCAGACGCUUCGUUCUGCCCUAUUUGUUCGAAUUCGAGGUCUGUCAUGUCCCCUGGGCCCAGCCACUCAGGUUUAGCAGUCGAGGGAGGAUGGAGUUC